AUAAAAUUAGGUGAUAAAUAAGUUUAGUUUGUAAUAAAAAAUCAAAAUCUUACGGGAUAGCCUUCAAUUCAAUGUUUGAUGCUCAGACAAUCGAUAUUAAUGGGUAGUUAUCCAUUUUUUUGAGAAGUAGGAAUUUACAAAUAAGAUUUUCAAUAAUUUAUAGGAAAUUUUAUAAAUAUCCAGCAAGUCGUAGAUUUACAAACAAUGCAAAUUAUGCUUUAUCGAUAUUGAAAAUAUUUAGUUAUUAAAUUACUUGAAUAAAUCUAAUAGGGAGGGAAGGGUAGUGUUUGAAAUUGCUGGAGUGGAGGAG